ACAAGUCUGUUCCAACCUAGCAACAGACGAAUCCAAGUGCAAACACAAAUACAUUGGGAGCAUAUCGACUUAUUAUACUUGGAAGUUAAAAUUCAAAUAUAUAAGCAAAAUGACAACAGUGCGUCGAGCCCUAACAGGAGGGGCAAGAGAGAGGCAGUUAGAAAAUAUGAGAAGACAAGAAGAUUAUCGGGAAGACACAAUUCGUCGCUUACAUGAGGAGAAACGACUCGAGGCAAAUAUGAGCAAUGAGGAACGUAUAUCGGAGAAACGCUUUAUCAGGCGAACCAUGAUGGAGCAGAAAGAGAGAGAAAUGGAGGAGGCAAUCCUAAAGGCCCAAAGAGAUCGCCUGAUCAGAGAAGAACAAAUGCUACACGAAGAAAGGCUGGCUGCAGAGCUGGAGAAACGGAAAUUAGAUUCCAUUAGGGAUGAGAAAAUGAGACAACAGAUCCGAGAAACAAGUCUAGAGUUGAGGGAGCUAGAGGCUAAGUUACGAUCAGCUUAUAUGAACAAAGAAAGAACAGCCCAGAUAGCAGAAAAAGAAGCCCUUAAGUUCGACAAAAUGAAACGGGAUUCAGAGAUUGCCCAUGAAAUGAAACUGCAACACGAUCGUGCAGAAGAGGCCGAGAGACAGAGAGAGAUCGAGAAAUACCGAGAACAGAUCCGCUAUCAACAGGAACUGGAACGGCAGUUAGAGGAGCAGGAACAAAAGAAACAACAGGCCUACGAAGAGUUCCUCAAGGAGAAACUCAUGAUAGACGAGAUCGUACGCAAGAUCUACGAGGAGGAUCAAAGGGAGAGAGAACUUACAAUGUCCAAGAAGAAGGCCACCCAGAGGUACAUCCAGGAAUUCAAACAAGCCCGGGAGGAAUGGAAGGUCCUGGAGAAAGAGAGAAUGGAAGAGGAGAAUCGCAAAAUUCUACAGUUCUCCAAACUACAGGAGGAGAGAGAGAAUGCCAGAAUGGAGAGCAAGAAACAGAAAGAAGAGGCAAUGGCCAGAGUACAGCACGCGUUGGCAGAAGACAUUUCUGCCAAGGAAGCGGCCCGGGAGGAGAUGGAGAGGAUCCGACUGGAGCUGUACCUCGAGGAGCAGGAGGAGAAAGAGAGGCAGAAAGAAAGGGAGGAGAUGGAGAAGAGAAUUCGCCAGAGACUGGAGUUACAGAGUACACACGCCCAACAGAUGCACUUCAAGAAUCUCCGCAGGAAAGCUGAGGAGGACGAAGAGGAGGAAUUCAGGCAACAGAUGAUGGCCAAAUUUGCAGAGGAUGAUCGCAUAGAACAAAUGAAUGCCAACAAGCGGCGCAUGAAGCAGUUAGAACACAAGCGAGCGGUGGAGAAGCUAAUCGAGGACCGUAAGGCACAGUUUGCUGCUGACCGCGAAAGAGAACUCGAGGAACGCCGCGAGGAGGAGAGGAUGGAGGCCUUCAGGAAACAGAUCAUAGAGGAAGAAAGACAGAAACUCCUCAGGGAACACGCCAUGAGACUUCUAGGGUACCUGCCAAAGGGUGUGAUCAGAGAUUCUGGAGAUCUAAGCAUGCUAGGACAAGAUUUCAAGGAGGCAUAUAGCAAGCGUCAAAUUGAUCCAUUUGAUGACGAAGCAUGGGACCAGCGUCGGUAGGGAAUCGACCAAUCAAAUUAGGCAACUGUGAUAAUGAAUUAUUUUAACCAAUGCCGUCCAUAAUCACACUGCUGUAUGACUUGUUUAUGGUAGAAUGUAAAAUUUUAAUUUUUAUGGAUUGUCAAGUGAUGUUACUAUUUUACAGCAGUGGAGGGAAUUCCAUUUUUUACUGUGAUCUGUUUUCAUACAGAGAAUUAUCAAGAAUGCAUGUGUGAGAGAAUGUGAAAGUGUUAUGAAUGAGAGACUUCAAUGUGACAUUAUUUAAAGUCUUGUUUUGCCAAGGAAAUACAAUGGUCAUAUAAUGUUUAAAUGGUCCCAAGAUACAUGUACAUCAUGUACAUGUAUAUUGCAUUUCAUGAGAUGUGUAUUAAUUUUGUAUAUUCUGCUAUGCAGGUUCUUCUCUGACUUUUAUUGUAAAUACAUGUAUUAUGAAUGAGUAGGGCAUUACAAAGAAGUGAUGCUCAAUAUUACUCCAUGAAGUGCUAAGAUCUGUUGAUAAUGCCAAAGAUUUUCCUGUUUAGGAUAAAUCUAACAAUGUACAUGUAUGAGAAAAAAAAUGGAAGAAGAUUAUUUAUUCCCACAAUUCCUUGUUUUAUACUCUGUUGUUUUUAUCGUUAGCCAGAUAGUAUUUAAUUAAAGUGUUCUGUAUUUCAUAGGGUUCAAAACUGAUAUUCUUUUGUAAAAAUCAUGCCAUUUGAAAAGUAAAAUGACUUCUGUGAAAAUUAAAA